AAAAUCACUUGAGAUAAAACUCUUCACUUGGAAAAUAUAUAAUUGAUGACCCAAAAACAAAUCGAUUUUAUACUUUGCCACCAUGGCACCAUCUACCUUCCUUAGUUUACUGUUCUUCGUUACAAUUUUUACCUUAACGACGUGUAAAAAGGUCACCAUUGAGGAUUUGGAGCCACUUGAAACCGGGCUUCGCGAAUACUUCCAAACAGGUCAAGCUACAGACGAGUUUCUGAAAACUUUACAUUCGUACGAAUUUCCUUACUUGUUUCGCGAUGGGAUGGAAAAAUUCUACGACAGUGCGGCCGUUUGCUACAUGUGUAGUUUAGUCGUAGAUUUUGUGAUCAAUCAACGAAAAAAUGCAGGCGUUAGUCGUGAAACUAUCCUCGAUGAAGCUACUUUCUUGUGUUCUGAAUUAAAAAUGGAAGCUGCGAGGGUCUGUAAAGGCCAAAUGGAGCUCAAUAUUGAUAUUUUCUUGUACACAAUUGACAAUUACCCAAACUUUACUUCGAAUCGAGUUUGUGGUGGGUUCCUCCAAGGCCACAAUUGUGACACUGGUGACGCUUUUGAAUGGACUAUUAACAUCCCGUCUGGUAAUUCACCCGAACGUCCAAAACCCAGUGGAACAGAUAGUUUCACUAUUUUACAACUCAGUGAUAUUCACUACGAUCCUAACUACACUCCAAAUGGGAAUGCUGUUUGUGGCGAACCUGUUUGUUGCCAACCGGACCAAGGAGAGCCUUCAGGUCCCGAAAAUGCUUGUGGAUACUGGACCGAUUAUAGAUUAGGAGAUAGUCCGUGGUAUUUAAUAGAGGAAACAAUUAGGCAAACAAAAACCCAGCAAGUUGAUUAUGUUUACUACACUGGCGAUAUUAUCGUACACCGAACUUGGGAAACUAGCAUUGAAAGCAAUACCGAAGCUAUCACUAAACUGUAUUCAUACUUUAAGGAUAGUUACGAUGUUCCAGUUUAUCCCAUUUUUGGAAAUCACGAAUCUCAUCCUCUUAACGUGUGGCCUAAUGAUAAAAUACUCGACGAUAAGUUGAGUAUUAAAUGGUUGUUUGAACUCGCAGCCAAACACUGGUCCGAAUUAAUAGGUGAAGAUGUUAGCGAAACGGUUUUAAAAGGUGGUUAUUAUACCGUGAGUCCACGUCCUGGAUUCAGGAUUAUUGGGAUGAACAGUAACGUUGCUUAUACCGACAAUUGGUGGUUGAUGUACGAUGAUGUUGACCCAUAUGGGCAAUUGCAAUGGUUAAGUGACACUCUUAAAAAAGCCGAAGAUAAUAACGAAAGUGUCCAUAUACUGACCCAUGUUCCAACUGGUUGCUCAUACAGUUUAAAGGUUUGGAAUCGCGAAUAUAGAAAAAUCCUUGAAAGAUUUGCUAAUACCAUAACUGGGCACUUUAAUGGACACACCCAUAGAGACGAGUUUCUAGUUUACUACAACAGUUCAAAUCCGACUCAAGCCAUUGGAGCUGCAUUUAACGGAGCUUCUGUAACUCCAUACGAUCUUUCUAAUCCAAGUUUCAAAUAUUACCACGUUGACGAAACCACUUUUAAUUUACUAGAUUACGAAGAGUGGGCCUUUAAUUUAACCCUUGCCAACUCUUACGGCUCCUCCAAGUUGCCAGAAUGGUACAAAUUGUACAGUUUUGUGGAAGCUUACGGCGUCGAUAAUUUGCUCCCUUCUGAAGUCGAUAAAGUGUUGUACAAAAUGACCGACGACCACUCGCUACUUGACGACUAUUUCAAAUUCAAAUUCCGAAAUGGUGAUCCUGGGAUUAGUCCUGGGUGCGAUGAUGGGUGUAAGAAAGAUUUGUUGUGCGAUAUUGCAACAACUGUGUUUGGUGACGACGCGCAAUGCAAGCGUUUCCUAGACUUGUACGACCAAUAAAUUUAAAUUGCAAACAAUA